AUGAAGGGCAUGAAGCUAUCUAGCAGCUAUGGCAUGAACAUUGUCCUAGCCAAGGACUACAAGACUGCCACCAAGAAAGAGGGAAAAUACAACCAUGCAACAGUAUGCUCCAAAGAAUCUCUGAACCCUGGCCAACCAUUUCAGUUUGAGAUUGGUUAUGGCGGUGAUUAUGACGGGUGUGUGCAGUUUGGACUCACGUCUGUGCCCCCUGACAGAGCCACCCGAUACGAGUACGCCAGCCAACACUUACAAGGGCAGAGCUUUAUCAUGUCUACAGACUUUGCCGAUACUACUUGGCUCUUUGUUGGAGGAAAAAAAGUACUUCGAGUCCCUCUGGCUGACCUGCAGGACCUCUCAUCUGCUAGUGUGAUGUACACACAAGCUGGCUCAAUACACAUCACCCUGAACCACAGUGGAGUCCUCACACCACUCCUGAUCAAGCUCCCCUCAUCUCUGUGUCCCCUCCCCCCUCUGUACGGUGUCAUUGACCUCUACGGAAAGUGCAACCAGGCAACUCUCGUUGAAAAAGUAAUGAAAGAGAAUCAGUUGCCAAAUAUUUUUGAGGUUUUGGAAGAAGAUGUGCAUCAUGUUAGUGAAGAGCUGAGAAAGAAAGAGAUAAAGAUUCAUCCUGAGGAAUAUUCUCAGAAAUUACACUCUGACCCUGUCAGUGAUGUAUCAAGCGCACAAAACUCGUUUCAACAGAUAUUGCCCUCAGGAAAUGGCAUCGGCUCUGAAUCCCUCCCAAGUACACAGACCUCACAGCUCAUCGACCACCACACUCUGAGUGAAGAGGCAUCUCAGAGGAUCCCAAGUGUAUCUACAAGAGUCCGUGCCCCCAAGCCUCCUUGCAGCAGUGGCUACCUUGAACUUUGUAGACGGUUCUUGAAGCAGACUGAGACAGCACAGUUGAAAGAUUGUUAUUUUGACCAGCAUUUCGACAAGUGCUACUGUGAUAGCUGUUCGUCUGUCCGAGGGGAUGCCACUAUUAGUGGGCGUGGCAGUGCACGUUAUGCCAUUCCCAAAGGAUGGGCCAUGUUCGGAUUAAUUUUAAACAAUCGAGCCAGGAUUAUAGAUGACAAGAACUUGUUUGUGAAAGGCCUCAAGGCAUAUCACGGAACUCAAGUAUGCAAUCUGAAGUCUAUAAUCGAGGACAGUGGCGGGCUUUUAAUACCAGGAACUCUGGUGUCAGACGUACAAAAGGUUGAGCAACCUCGUGGCCACUUUAACGAGAGCUGGAGACCCGCUCAUCAUGACCCUCACCAGAUAUUCCUAUCUCCCUCUAUAGAGUACGCCUCACAUCGCGAGGUCUAUGCCAAAAGCACCGAGUACAGAGAUGAGGUCACUGGUGUUUGCUAUCGUGGCAAGGUCUGCUUGAAGGUGCUGGUGGAACCAGGUGCACACAAGGUCUCCACACAGACCACCACCAACACAGGACAGCAAAUUGAUGCUCUAUUUAGUAACUCUGAACUGGAGUGGUGUGUCAAAGCACAUACUCAAGUACAUUUGUACGGGCUCUUAGUGAAGCUAGUUAAAUCCUAGCUAGCUGCAGCUGUAUGUUUUUAUUUAUAUUUAACAGCUGUAUGUACAAGUAUGUACUUUGAUCUGACUUGGCAUACAACUACUAUUAUUAUAUAAUUUAUAUUUCCAUCCUUAUUAUAAUUAUGUGAUCUUGAAUAAUAAAAUGUUAUCGUUGACGA